AUGACUCCCUUUCUCCCUUUCUCCUCUCUCCUUCCACGUAGGAGGUCCUGUCUUGCAGUAUGCAUCGGACUCUCCCUCCUGGACAAGCUGUCGCAUCGCUGCUUGAAGCCUGUUCCGUCGUGUACGAGGAAUAGGGUGGUGUACGAGCUAGUCAUCGCACACCCUCUUCAGGCGCCGGCACGAGUCCUCUUGGCCAAGUCACCCACGGCCGACGCCGAGGACUCGAGCGCGACGCUCCUCCUGUGCCCGUCGACGGAGUACGCGAGCCGCUUCGUGUUCGAUCUGAGCGCGCCCUCGACGGACGAGCCCCUCGGCUCGAGCGCGUUCUUGAGUGUGGCGAUCGGCCAGCGGAGCAACGCGGGGCUACCGCCGGCGCUCAACGCAGGCGCCUGUCUCUUGCGCUGGGAGCGCGGCCUCAACGUCGCGCAGACAUCGGCGCUCCGCUCACAAGGGCUUCGCGCGAGAGAUCUUCUGACGCAGCGAGGUCACCGGUCAAGCUUUCAGGUUUCGAUCAGGGUGCAUUCAGGUUUGACUCCUUCGAGUGAAAGCGUCCUCUCUGUCGGACCCAACCUCCAUGUCUUGCUCUUGCACUCGAGGUACUUCCAACGGCGGAGUACGGGGAGCUGGUCCCUAACUGGUCCCCGGUCGCCGGCGACGUACGCCUAG